UGAAAAAAUCAUAACAAAGAUUUUGCACAAUUUGCGUCGUAUUAAUUGAAGAAUUUCUUCAUUUUACCAGAACUGUACUCCGGUAAUAAUGAGUGAUGAUGCUCUACAAUUCGAUGACUGGGAGGAACCUACCAAAGAACAACUCAGCCAUGCUCUACUCCAAGCUGUCAAGUCUAACAAUGAACAGUAUGUUCAGCUUCUAGUUGAAAUGGGAGCUGAUACUAACUAUGAGGGCCCAAACAGGACCACACCCUUAAUGUGUGCAAUUAGGGAUGCUGAAGCUAAUGUAGAUCUGGUGAACAUUCUCCUAUCUGCAGGAUGUGACCUCAACAAGAAGUCUAAGUUGGGAGACACUGCCCUCCAUGAAGCUGUCAAGGCCAGGUCAAGAGAAUGUGUUGAGAUUCUCUUAUCAGCAGGGGCUGACGUCAACAUCCAAACAUUUGAUGGUAUCACUCCUCUACACAUGGCUGCUGAGGAUGGCCAGUUACGCAUCAUUAAGCAGUUCAUUCAAGCAGGUUGCGACGUUAACUUAAAAAGCCACAAUGGAGCCUCAGCAUUGCACUUUGCCGCAGUAUAUGACCACAUGUCUUGUGUGAAUGAAUUACUCCAGAAUGGUGCUAACCCAGAUAUUAUGGACAGGCGUAGAAGGACUCCAUUAAUGUAUGCAUUAGAGCGAAAUAAUGAAGAAGUUGCAAAUCUGUUGCUCGAUCAUAGAUGUUCGUUGAAUAUGCUCACUGAUAAUAAAGAUAGUGUCUUGCAUAGUGCUUGCCUAGCUGGCUGCUUGAAUUGCGUCAAGAAACUGAUUUCUUUGGGCUCGAAAAUAAAUGCCAAAAACUUGUAUGAUGAUACGCCAGCAGUUUAUGCAGUAAUGAAUGGCCAUGUGGACAUAUUGAGAUAUCUCAUUCAGCAGAAAUGUAACCUUGAGUUUUGUAAUAAGGAAACUGGGAGGUCUUGCAUGCAUGUGGCAGCUUACUACGGCCAUGUUGAAUGCUUAGAUGUACUAGUUGAAGCAGGUUGUGACAUAGAUGCUUUAGAUUAUGAUCACAACACUCCCCUGAUGGAUGCUGUUUGUGAAGCCCAGGUUGAGUCAGUCAAGUACCUUAUUGAGAAGGGUGCUAAUGUCAACAACCAAAACAAACAAAAUGAAACUCCAAUAUUAUGUAUUGAUGUUGAAAAACCAAAUACCUUCACAAUCGCAAAACUCAUAAUCCAGGCCAACUGUGAUUUGAGAUUCUCAAACGAAGCUAAAAUUGAGAACCCUUUUGAUUCUGCAUUGAGGAUGGGUAGGUUCACAGUUGCUAAACUGCUUGCAUAUGCAGGUUGCACAACUUCAUUCAUUGCCCCAAAGGAUCUGAAUGAUCGGCGUUUUGACCCAAAUAGAGGCCAUAUGAACUGGCUUUGUGAGUUCAACUCAAAUGCACGCUCGCUAACUGAAAUUAGUCGAUUAGCAAUAAGAGAUACUCUCAGGGAGUACAAAACAUGCCCUAAACAAAUAGACCUGCUCCCAAUCCCCAUCACUUUGAAGCAGUUCCUGAAGUUUGAAGAUCUUGAUGAUUUGGAUUUUGAGUUUGGGGCCAGGGGGUCGAUGUCUCAAUCCACCCAAAUGAUGCCAGGACAUGCCCCUGCAUUGGCAAUUCCGAAUUAAGUAUUAUUGGUGAACUAUUGAGGUGCAUUGGAUAGAGACCUGCAGUAGACACAGAGGCUAAUUGGCUCCAGAGGAGGAUAGAAAUGAUUUUCAAAUAAAGAUGGCAGGCCAAUCAGUUUUUUUUAGAUAAGACACUGCUGCCAUCUUUAUAUCAGC